GAUAGCAGAGAAUCCAGCAGGACGGCAUCACACACUUUGGACGGCACCAUGACAUCUCCCGGCGUCCUCUUCCUCUUCACUGUUUUAUUUGCCAUAGCUAGAACAGGAUCUCCUAUUCAGUGUGAGGUAUCCCACAGCAUCAAAACAUUAAGCAAGCGGAGCACCUAUCUCAAGACCUGUGACCCUGAGUUUGACGCCUGCAGAGUGUUGGUGAUCGAAGCAACACGGUCUGGAAAGACAGUGAGAACUGUUAAAAAGUCAUGCACAAAGAGAGAAAUCUGUGUUCCUGGUCCUGUGUUUAUGCAUCUUGAUAAUGGACUGAGGGAGACGGGGUAUAGCACUUGCUGUUUCACUGAUGGCUGCAACUCAAAAGUUCCUGCAUUACCAACUUGGAAUGAGACCCCAAAUGGGUUCUGGUGCCCCUCCUGUAGCGUUAAACACCCUGAACCAUGCAAACGGGAGAUCAUCCGUUGCAAAGGAUCGACGAACAAGUGUUUCUUCAGAGUGAUUGGUCCCAUUAUCCACAUGGGCUGUGCCACUGAAUCUUUCUGCACUAAUUCCGUACAAACCGGGAUCACCAUUACGGACUCGCUCGGGGUGCUGCUGAGCAGUCAGCACGUAGAAUGCGUACCGGCACACAGAGGUUAACGUUGGAGUUGAAAAUGCAGUUCCUGAUAAACACAAGAAGAAGCCGAAACGAUUUGUAAAGCUUUUAUAGUUGCUGCCUAGUUGAGAGAUGUGGUACAUCUGGCCAAAUAAAAUGCCACUGAAAUCGAUUCCAACCAGCUUACCAAAACACUCGUGUUAAUUUGUACCAUUGAAUGGAGAGACGACCAUCUACAAUAUACAGAAGGGCUUGGUUUUCAUGCUGAUAAUUUUGCCACUUUAUGCAUGUCUGCAUUCUUUUCUUUUUGCACAAUUUUGAAAUCCUUUUGAUCUCAAAGCUUCUGUCUUUUUGUGACUUGUACAAUCAUUUAAUGCAAAUAAAUAUAUUAUGCAAAAGCA